GUUUGACACUUUUGUUCUGCUCCUUUCUCGUCUCUGUCUUCUUCGUCCUCAUUCAUCUUAAAGGCAUCACUCACCAAACAGCUUUAGAAUUUUCUCUUUCAAAACUCAAACUCGCUACUCAUUAAAAAAAAUCCAUUUUAAAAAAAAAACUCAAAACCAAAUGGCUAGUAACAACAACCCGCAUGAGAACCUUUCAGACCAAACACCUUCUGAUGACUUCUUCGACCAAAUCCUCGGUCUUCCCAACUUCUCCGCUUCUUCCUCCGACGGUGGGUUAGGCGGAGGAGGAGGAGGAGGAGGAGCACCGCCGAUGAUGCUGCAGCUGGGCUCCGGAGAGGAAGGAAGUCACAUGGCUGGGUUAGUAGGAGGAAGUGGACCAAGUGUGUUUCACAACCAGAUGUUUCCUCUAGGGUUGAGUCUUGACCAAGGGAAAGGACCUGUCUUUCUUAGACCUGAAGGUGGUGGUGUUCAUGCAACUGUGAAUCGAUCUUCUUCUUCUUCUUCUUCUAUGAAAGGACCUGUCUUCCAUGGGCAGCCGAUGCAACAGCCAGCUCCAGCAGCGCCACAUCAGCCUACAUCAAUCCGUCCUAGAGUUCGAGCUAGGCGUGGUCAAGCUACUGAUCCUCAUAGCAUCGCUGAAAGGCUACGUAGGGAAAGAAUAGCUGAGCGGAUCAGGGCGCUUCAAGAACUUGUACCCACUGUUAACAAGACAGAUAGAGCUGCUAUGAUCGAUGAGAUUGUGGACUAUGUAAAGUUUCUCAGGCUCCAAGUUAAGGUUUUGAGCAUGAGUCGUCUUGGUGGAGCCGGUGCGGUUGCUCCACUUGUUACUGAUAUGCCUUUGUCAUCAUCAGUUGAGGAUGAAACUAGUGAGGGUGGAAGGACACCACAACUUGCUUGGGAGAAAUGGUCUAACGAUGGGACUGAACGUCAAGUGGCUAAGUUGAUGGAAGAAAACGUUGGAGCUGCUAUGCAGCUUCUUCAAUCUAAAGCUCUUUGUAUGAUGCCAAUCUCAUUGGCCAUGGCUAUUUACCAUUCUCAGCCUCCAGAUACGUCAUCUGUGGUUAAACCAGAGACUAAUCCUCCUCCACAGUAGGAUUUUUCGUGCAAGCAAGGGUUUGUACAGCAACUCAACGGGGUCCAAUAUGGCUUUAGUUUCUACUACUACAUCUCAUGACUGCUGGUUGCUUGCUGUUUCGUCUCCCUCCCACACCCACUUGUAUGGUAUGAUUGAAAGGUAAAACAAAAGGCUUUGGAGAUGGAAUCAAUGUAGGAUUUGCAGUAGAAGGGAGAGUUUGUCAAAAAGCUCACUUGAUUAAAUAUGAUAUGUUAUCAUUUUAGGUGGACUUUGAUGAAAGCACCUUUUUGUUUUCAUGACUUUAGUGGGAGGUUGAGGAAGGAGCUUGAAGGGGUGUUUUAGUUGUAGUGGUGGUGGGAAGUGUGUGGGACCUGGUUGAGUUUAUGUACAAAUUAGAUGAAUAAUAAAAUAUUUGAAUUUGUUAA